UUUGUUGAUACGGGUAUAGAGUAUGUAUAUCUAUGGUUAGCGGCAUUUUAAGAAAGCGCAGGGGAAAGGUAGGUGGUGGGCGUGGUGUAGAAAGUGGAAAAGUGAAUGCAAGUGAUAGCGGAGAAAAUGAUUGUCAGAUGGAGAGUGGGGGUGUCCUAUAUUCAUGUUCAGUGCGUGUCUCAUCGUGUCAAGACAGUAUGGUGAUGGUUUGUGUGGUAGUUCAAAAAAUGUUUUAACGUGACAGUGAGCGAAGUGCCUGAAUUGUAUUCUUGCACCAUCGGCGUUAUAGAUAUCUUUUUCAACAAGUAGUGAAUCCGGAGAAAUGUUUCAGUGAGCCAUAGGUGCAGAAACCGGUUUUAAUUUUCGGCAGUAGUUUUGUGGAACCCACGGCGCUUCCUCUUAAACAUUCACGUUUGUUUCGUUAAAGAGGCGCAGAAAACUGCUUUCUCACCUGCCUCACGAUGGAGACAAGGGAAAGGACAAAACAUGAAAAAUCUGUAAACUCUGAAGAAGUUAAAAGUACUUCAUUGGCUGCCACCAGUUUAAAAUCCCACCCAUCCGUUUACAUUAUUUUUGUGUCUCUGCUUCUUGAUUUAUUAGCUUUUACAAUGAUACUCCCACUGUUACCAUCACUACUUGAUCAUUAUCGACAAAAUGACAAGCCUGAUGGGUUGUAUCCUUGGCUACUCAGCAAAAUACGUUAUUUUCAACAGAUUGUGGGUGCUCCAGACAGAUUUAACUCUGUCUUAUUUGGUGGAUUUUUAGGUUCAAUGUAUUCAUUCCUCCAGUUCCUAGCAUCUCCACUUGUUGGUGGAGUAUCUGAUGUUUAUGGCCGUAAGCCAGUAAUGCUUGUCUGCCUUAUUGGAAUUUCAUUUUCUUACGUGCUGUGGGCCUUAUCCAGCUCAUUUUUGCUUUUUGUUUUUGCAAGAAUUAUCGGAGGAAUAAGCAAGGGAAAUGUUAGUCUGUCUAUGGCAAUCAUUACUGACAUAUCAUCAUCUGCUACUAGAGGACGCGGGAUGGCCCUUGUUGGUAUUGCGUUUUCUGUUGGCUUCAUAGUUGGUCCUGUGAUUGGAGCCAUGUUUGCAAGGUGGGCACAAGGCCAGUCUGGUGACUGGUUUGUCACUCCAGCACUGUUUGCUUUUGGAUUAUCGCUGCUUGAUGUGUUAUUUGUUACACUGUUUUUUAAGGAGACUCUUCCAAAGAACAAAAGGGCAAGUUCUGUGGCUGGAAGCUUAAGCCAGGCAGCUGCAUACAUCAGCAUUCCGGAGUUAUUUCUCUUCAGAGCUGUUAAAAACAUCUCAAAAGAAGAUUUAAGAAAGCUACAAACCUUGGGUCUUAUUUACUUCGUAUAUCUGUUUUUGUAUUCUGGUUUGGAGUUUACUCUGACAUUUUUGACCCAUCACAAGUUCAACUACACCUCCAUGCAGCAAGGUUGGAUGUUUUUUGUCAUUGGUUUGACAAUGGCUGUCAUGCAAGGAAGCUAUGUUCGCAAAUUACCUGAACAUAAAAUCAAGCCAACAGCAGUGCUGGGCCUAUUACUAAUUGUGCCAGCAUUCAUCGUCACAGGAUUAGCUACAUCUGUCAUAGGCUUGUACAUUGGGCUCCUGCUGUUUGCUGUCUCCACAGCAAUGGUUGUCCCUUGCAUGAUGACACUGGCCUCAAAAUAUGGGUCUCAUGACCAGAAAGGGACUGUUAUGGGCAUCUUCAGAUCAUUAGGAGCGUUAGCCAGAGCUGUUGGACCUAUAAUUGCAUCAAUAGGGUAUUGGAGUAUUGGUUCGACACCUACGUACAUCAUGGGUGGAACUUUGUUGUUGUGGCCAUGGUUGAAACUGAAGACGAGCAAUGCUUAAUUGCAAACUCCAGCUCUGAACAAAAGUUUUGCUUCUACAACAACAUGGACACACAUCUUCAGGAAGGAUAUUAGUCAGAGGAACAGAACUGCAUGUCCUAUGAAUGCUGUGAAGACCCAAGUAUGCUUACAAGGUUCUUUUAAGUGUAAUGCACACAAAUAAUAGUGUGUAGUAAUUAAUAGGCAAGAAAAAGCUGGAGUGCAUUUCAGAUUAAGAACUUUGUGUAAUAUACUUAAAGUAGUUCUCAUUCUCCUUGCACUGUGGUGAAUCUACGACCCAGUUUUCAUGAUUUAAGAAAACUUAAUGUGGUCAUUCUUGUGUUCAUUAACUUACUUUCUCAAAAAUUGUGAAGUUAUCUGAUACUACUAUAAUUUAUUACAUUAUUUUAUUAUACUGAUUUCAGUGUUCUGUUUAAGAGCCUACUGCCAGUAUUGUAUCAAAUACAUUAAAGAUGAGUGAAAGUUCACUACAGUAUUGUGGCUGCAGGAUAAGAAUUGGCAACCCAGUUAAUGCCUGUGAAAUUAAGUUUCACAAUUCACAAUGGGCACAAAUUUUACAAACUCAUAACUCAUGUCACCACCUAUCUCUGAUGUAUUCUUUGAGGAAUAUCUCAUUUAGUUUAUUAUGUAUUGUUUCACUCAUUGUGAAUCUACAUAUAGGCCAAACGGAGAGAUAGUAAUUGGUGUUCUAAAAUUAUGUCUGUGCAGAUAAUGUAUUAGCAGUAUUACAAAAAAUAAUUUUCACCUGUCUUUAAAAUUUUUUCCUCUUCUGUUUUUUCUCCUUGUAUGCUGUAACUUUGUUCUAUCCAUAGAUCAUUGGUUUUCCUUCAUCUAUGUCAUUUAUUCUGUGAAGUUAUUACUUGCUAUUUGCCUGUUCACAAUGGUUUUGUUGUUAGCUGUGUCACUUGGCUUUACGGAGUAAAGUUGUAAGCACCAUCAUCCAUGUUCUUUCUGCAUGGCAUUAUUCUUGUCUGCAUUUAAGUGUCUUGAUUUCAUUUCUUCUGGUUUAUGAACUUCAUUUAUAGUAUGUGUGGAUAGUGGUUGCACAUAGCUUCUUAUGGGUACUGUAGACUGACUGACAACUGAGAAUUUGUACCUUUUUUAUGCAAUGGAAUCUUGUUUAUUUUGAAGUAUUAUAUUUUACAAAACUGUCCAAUCAUGUAUUGUACAUUUUCUACAUUAACUUUGUAGUGUUGUAUUAUCCUGUGAGAGUGCCUUCUGAAGUUCCCCAUGUUGUAUACAAUUACAGGGUGUUGUGUGGUGUGUUGUGUCCAGUUAACUGAAGUUUGACUUAGUUUCCUCCAUUGGUUCUUAUUUUGUCAAAGAAGAUGAGAAAGUAUAAACUUGCAUGUACAAUGAUCAGAUUUUGUUCCAACAAUCAAUUUAAAUGCCAUAAUCAGGAAUGUAUUUACUGCAAUAUCAUUAUUAUUAUUAUUAUUAUUAUUUAUUGUGCUGUUGUUACUGCUGUUGUAAUUACUGUUUUCAGUAUUUAUUUGCCAUACUUAUAUACAUCUAAAUUAGAUACUGGAAUUACAUGAAUUUUGAAAGCAUUAUUUAAAUAUAAAUUCUUGUGUGUGCGUGCGUGUGCGCGCGUGUGCGAGUGUGUGUGUGUAAAGAUAGUAGCAAUAUUAGAAAUAGUAACAAAGAAUUAUUGUCAAAAGUUGUUGUUCUUUUUGUACCAAUGUUUAAUGAGCCUAUUACUGUACGUAAGAAAAAAAAGAGGUUUGAUGUUUCAUUAGAAGAUGAAUUGUGAUACAUACGUAACCUCUAUGAAUGACUAUUAAUUCCUCGUUCAUUAUACAGUACAAAAUUAAGAGGGAGUGCUGAAAAGUAAUGCCUCAAAAUUUCGCCUGUGAAAAUUACAGCUUUUUACAUGAAACAAAUUUUAUUAACAUGCUGUAUCUUUAUUCUUCAUGUCUACAUAUUUAUUUCCCAACAUGUUCACCUUAGCAGUUAACACUUCUUCCAACAUGAGAUCAGUUUGUUGACAGCGUCACUGUAGAAUGUCAGAUGAUGGAGCAGUAAUCCCACCUGUACUUGCACCACUUCUCCACUAGCAAAGUGAACUCCUUGAAGGUGUUCUGUAAGUUUUGGAAACAUGUGAAAAUCGGAUGGGGCCAAGGUGGAACUGUAUGGAGAAUGAUCAAUGAAAGUGAACCCAAGUGUCAGAUUGUUGCUGGUGUCACAGUGCUUGUGUGAGAUCUAGCAUUGUCAUGCUGAAGCAGAGGUACUCUGUGUGUGGAAAAGUCUUCAAAUUCGAAAACUAAUUACAGCAUGCUAUCAAGUGAGGUGGGACAGUAGUUAGCACACUGGACUCAGAUUCAGGAGGAGCGCAGUUCAAACCCAGGUCAAGCCACCCAGAUGUAAAUUUUCAAUGAUUUCCUUAAAUCAUUCCAGUCAAAUGCCAGGAUGGUUCCUUCAGAAGGGCACAGCCCUUUUCCCUCCCCAUCCUUGACACAGUCCAAGCUUGUGUUCCUUCUCUAAUGACCUCAGUGCUGAUUGAACAUUAAAUUCAAUCUUCCUUCCUUUUUUUUUACAGCAUGCUGUUUCUCAUGCACUAACAUAGUUAAGUUACACACUGCAAUUCAAAGCCCUGUUGCAGGGGGCUGAAAAUAUGGAGACAUGGAAAAUAGAUUUAGUGUGUUGAUAACAUUUAUUUUAUUUAAAAAGCUUUGAGUUUUCACAAAAAUUCAGAGGCAUUACUUUACAGUGUGCCCUCGUAUAU